AUGCCCCACCUGACCAAUACAUGUCCGAAUUCGGAGCUCGGGCAACGGUACGCCAACAUAAACCAGGAUACCUCUUGGGUCAGCUUCAAGUUCCCAGGUGGCCGUCUUCGGCGACUCAAGGAGCACACUAUGUCGGUCAUGGAAGGGACGACCACCGUCCUGUCGGCGCAAGAUGUUUUGACAGCAUAUGUCGUGAAUGUUCUCAACCGCCACUCAGCGGGGGGGCCAAUCACGCGUAUUACGAACGCAGCAAGCUACCGCGACGUUCCUGCUGUCGUAGACAGCCCGAGAGUGGCUGGCAACGCAAUCUACAUUGUACCCACCACCCUGGGGACGGUUUCCGCGAGCCUCUUUAAUACUGCAGUUGCCAUCCGCAAUACUCUCUCGCGUUGCAGAACCCCCGCCUUUGUGGAGGAGUACAUGGCGGUUGCAAGUACGUUGAUGCUAUCGGCCGUCAAUGGCGAUCGCACCUGGCUCUUCACAUCGACUCCUGAGAAGCUGUCUGUGAACUCGAACGCGUCGUACGUCUCCUAUAAAUCACAUAAUGUAUAA